AUGCUCUGUGCCCUGCUCCUCCUGCCCAGCCUGCUCACGGCUGCCAUAGGCAGCCCCACUGUGGGCUCCCCUCAAUGUGCCCAGGGCUCUGCCGUGUGGUGCCGGGACCUGCACACAGCAGUCAGCUGUGGGGCCGUGGGACACUGCCGAAGCACCGUCUGGAACAAGCCCUUGGCCAAGUCGCUGCCAUGCACUGUAUGUCAGGCUGUGGUGGCUGCCACCACCGGUGGGCUGGAACCCGAGCCCACAGGGGCCGACAUCCUGGCUUCGAUGACAAAGACCUGUGAGUGGCUUCGCAGCCAGGAGUCUUCAGACAGCUGCAAGCAGAUGGUGAAGACCCACGGCUCGGCUGUCCUGAGCAUGCUCGACGGGGCCCCUGCCGCAACCCCGGCACAGGUGUGUGCCGGGCUCGUCCUCUGCGAGCCGCUGCAGAGGCACCUGGCUGCCCCGGGGCCGCUCCCCAAGGAGGCAGCAGCCGAGCUGGUGGCUCCAUUCCCGGCCAAUGGAGCUCUCAGGUUCCACCCGCCACAGGUACGUGGGGGCACUGUGUGCCAAGACUGCAUCCAGCUGGUCUCCCGGCUGCGGGACACACUCAGGGCCAACCUGUCACUGGCGGAGGUGGACGCCCCGGGGCAGUGUGAGCCCCUGGGUCCUGGCCUGGGGCCCCUGUGCCGGAACUACCUCCACCAAGUCCUCAUCCCCGCUGAGCAGGCCCUGAAGCUCCUACCGCCACGGGCUGUCUGCCAAACCGGGGGCUUCUGCGAGGACCUGAGCGGACCUGCCCCAUCACCACUGGCUCAAGGGGACCCCUCCCUGGAGCUGGUGCUGCCCAGCAUGAAGAGCGAGGUGCAGAUGGUAGCUGGCCUGACCUGCGAGGUGUGCCAGGACGUGGUCCAAGAGCUGGACCACUGGCUCCUAUCCAACAACACCGAGGCCGCCAUCAGGCACGCCCUGGAGCGGAUGUGCCUUCUGCUGCCCUCCUCCAUGGUCCAGCAGUGUGUCACCUUCGUGGACAACUACAGCCCCUCCCUGGUGCAGCUGGUGGCCGGAAUCACCCCGGAGAGGGUAUGCACGGCCAUCCGGCUAUGCACCCGACACCGGUGGGUCCGAGCCACCCUGUCCCUGUCACCACGCAGAGAGGAAGAGGAGGAGGGCCAGGGAAGCUUCUGCAGGGGGUGCAGGCGGCUGCUGAGAGUGAGCGCCCAGAACCUGGAGCUGCGGAGCACGCAGCGUGACAUCCUCAUGGCCUUCAAGGGCGGCUGCAGCAUCCUGCCACUGCCCUACACACUGCAGUGCAACCGCUUCGUCACGCAGUACCAGCCCGUCUUCCUGCAGAGCCUCAAGGCCGUAAUGGACCCCGUGGCCGUGUGCAACCAGCUGGGAGCCUGCCACGCCCCCAGGGCCCCGCUGCUCGGCACCGACCAGUGUGUGCUGGGCCCCCGCUUUUGGUGCAGGAGCCUUGAAGCAGCAGAAAUGUGCAAUGCCACACGGCACUGCGAGCGCCUCGUGUGGAGGAAGGCACCCUUCUCCACAGGGAAGCGCCCAACGCCCAGCAUGUACAGGGACCCCUAG